CGGGCGGACUCGGCGACUCCGCUCCCUGCGCGCCAUGGCCGCGGGCCUGUACGGCCUCCCGCGGCGCGGCCUCUGGCUGCUCCUGGCACAUCACCUCUUCAUGGUCACCGCCUGCCAGGAUGCCCACUACGGCACCCUCAUCCAGGAGCUGUGCCUUGCCCGCUUCAAGGAGGACAUGGAGGCCGUCGGGAGGCCGCUAUGGUGUGACUGGGGGAAGACCAUCAAGAGCUACAAGGACCUCACCGACUGCACCAGGCACGUGGCAGACACACUGGGCUGCUUCUGGCCCAAUGCAGAGGUGGACAGGUUCUUUGUCGCCAUCCAUCAGCACUACUUUAGCACCUGCCCUGUCUCUGGCAGGGCUGUGCGUGACCCACCCAACACCAUCCUCUGCCCCUUCAUCGUGGUCCCCAUCAUGGUGACCCUACUUGUGGCGGCCCUAGUGGUUUGGAGGAGCAAGCGCACAGAGGGUGUUAUGUAAGUGGACUGGGCUACCCGCGGGUGCCCAGAUGCUGAGGGGAAGAAUGGAGAGCACUGAGGACAGAGGGCAACCCAGGCCCUGGAUCCUGCCUUGCUCUAGACAAGAAGAGCUGACAGGACUUCAGAGUAGUGUGGCUUGGGCACUAACCUGGACACGCCCUGGCUGGAGAAUGAGGGCCCUUAGGAAGGGAGCAGGAUGUGACGCUACUUAGCUCUAGGAAGUGUUCCGAGCUCUGGGUCUCUGGUGUACUUGUAACCAUAGUGGGCGUUCUGACCUCCAGCCCAGACUGCU